AUGGCAGUUUCAGGACUUGUCAUUAGGGUAAAUCAUCCCACACUUCAAUAUUUGACACCCCAGAAGUUCAACUGUGGUGGAAGAAAACAGUUAUGUGUGAAAGCGUCUGCUGGUAGUACAGAAGCUGAGGAAGGAAAUAUCAUAAUGAGGAAAGAAAAAGAUGGUUGGAAGCCAGAUUUCUCGGGUGGAAUGCCGCCUACACCGAUACUCGACACUAUUAAUUAUCCAGUUCAUAUGAAGAAUCUUUCUGUCAAGGAUCUGGAAAUAUUGGCUUCAGAACUUAGAGCAGAGAUUGUACAUACUGUAUCAAAGACAGGAGGACAUCUAAGUUCAAGCUUGGGAGUUGUGGAAUUGACUGUGGCUCUGCACCAUGUUUUCAAUGCUCCUGAAGAUAAAAUUAUCUGGGAUGUUGGCCAUCAGGCUUAUGGGCACAAAAUUCUCACUGGAAGGAGGUCUAAAAUGCACACAAUUAGGAAGACUUCUGGGCUAGCAGGCUUCCCCAAAAGAGAGGAGAGUGUCUAUGAUGCUUUUGGUGCAGGCCAUAGUUCAACAAGCAUCUCAGCUGGACUGGGCAUGGCGGUGGCAAGAGAUUUGUUGGGGAAGGACAAUAGUGUCGUUUCUGUUAUUGGAGACGGAGCUAUGACUGCAGGACAGGCAUACGAGGCGAUGAACAACGCGGGAUUUCUUGACACUAAUCUUAUUGUUGUACUGAAUGACAACAAGCAAGUUUCAUUGCCCACUGCUACACUUGAUGGUCCGGCCACACCUGUUGGCGCUCUCAGUCGAGCUUUAAGCAAGCUACAAGCGAGUCCUAAGUUUAGACAACUUCGAGAAGCUGCAAAAAGCAUUACAAAGCAAAUCGGACCACAAGCACAUGAAGUCGCAGCCAAAGUUGAUGAGUAUGCAAGGGGUAUGAUAAGCUCUUCCGGUUCUACUUUCUUUGAGGAGCUCGGAUUGUAUUACAUUGGUCCAGUGGAUGGGCAUAAUAUCGAUGAUCUUGUUACUAUAUUCCAAAAAGUAAAGACAAUGCCAGCACCAGGGCCAGUUCUAAUUCAUAUUAUAACAGAGAAGGGAAAAGGCUAUGCCCCGGCCGAGGCAGCAGCUGAUAGAAUGCACGGGGUCGUGAAGUUUGAUCCGAUGACAGGAAAGCAGAUGAAGGCGAAAACUCCUACACUUACGUAUACUCAAUAUUUUGCGGAGUCAUUGAUAAAAGAAGCUGAAGUAGAUAAUAGGAUUGUGGCCAUUCAUGCUGCAAUGGGUGGUGGAACUGCCGGUUUAGCCACAGAGGGUCUCAAGCCAUUCUGUGCCAUCUAUUCAUCCUUUCUACAACGAGGUUAUGACCAGGUGGUACAUGAUGUCGAUCUUCAAAAAUUACCUGUCCGGUUUGCAAUGGAUCGAGCUGGUUUAGUUGGUGCAGAUGGACCGACCCAUUGUGGGGCAUUUGACGUUGCAUACAUGGCUUGUCUACCCAACAUGAUAGUCAUGGCUCCAUCAGACGAAGCAGAACUUAUGCACAUGGUUGCGACAGCAGCAGUCAUAGACGACAGGCCAAGCUGCUUCAGAUUUCCACGUGGUAAUGGCGUAGGAGCAGUUCUUCCUCCUGAUUACAAAGGAACACCAGUUGAGAUUGGUAAGGGAAGGAUACUAAGAGAAGGCAAUAGAGUCGCAAUUCUUGGAUUCGGUUCAAUUAUCCAGCAAUGUCUAGGAGCCGCGGAAAUGCUAAAAUCUCAUAACAUAUCACCAACAAUAGCCGAUGCAAGAUUCUGCAAACCAUUGGAUGCUGAUCUUAUCAGAAGACUAGCCAAAGAACACGAAAUCUUAAUCACAGUUGAAGAAGGUUCAAUUGGAGGUUUUGGAUCCCAUGUCUCUCAUUUUCUUAGCCUAAAUGGAAUUUUGGAUGGACAUCUUAAGUUGAGAUCAAUGGUGCUUCCUGAUAGAUACAUUGACCAUGGUGCACCAAAAGAUCAGAUUGAAGAAGCAGGACUCUCUUCAAGACAUAUCUGUGCUACAGUUUUAUCACUUCUGGGAAUGCCCAAAGAGAAAUUACUCUAUUUUCAAAAUUGGAAUCGAUCUGAAUGA